AUGUACCUUUCUCGGAUUAUCAGCGCAGCCGCGCUUCUCUUUACUCACUCCACUCUGGCCGACGUCCUCCUCAUCACCAAUGCAACCGACUUCAUAGCCCUCGCCGACAUAGACAAAGGCUUCCCAAGCCAAAACUUCCGCUCUUCCGACGUCAUCGCUCCAGUCUUUCUUGUCAACAAGUGGGAGCAGGAUCAAGUCGACAAUGCACCUUUCAUCUUCCUGGGAACUGUCUACGGGGAGAACAAGGCGGGACCCAUGAUUUUCGAUGCCUGCGAUAUGAGUCUCGUGUACGCGGAUCAAAAAUACGAGAAUACAUAUACUUCAAACGUACAUUUUAUUAAUGGCACACGCUAUUUUGCCUUUUGGGAAGGCGGCCAUACCCGUGGCCACGCCAACGGAAAUUGUCUCUUCUUCGAUGAAAACUACAAUCUCAAGUACAACGUCACCGCUCAAGGACUUAACGACGCCCGUGCCGAUAUGCAUGAGCUCAGCGUCACAACAAAUGGAACUAUCAUCUUCUCAACUUACUUCAACAUUCCUUUUGACUGCCGCCCUGUGGGAGGGCCAGAAAAUGCGCUCCUCAUGGACAGCGGCUUCCAAGAAGUCGAUCCAGCAACGAAUGAGCAAACUCAUGACGGCAACUAUCUCGUCUCCAGCCGCCAUCUCUCCAUCCUCACUCUCGUCGAUGGCAAAGACGGCCACCCAAUCUGGAUCCUCGGCGGGCGACAAAAUCAAUUCACCGACCUCUCCAACGGCGCAGCCACAAACUUCAGCUGGCAACACGACGCUCGCAUCAUCCCAUCUUCAUCCAACAUUACAGACGAGAUUCACAUUACGCUUUUCGACAACCACGGAGAAUACAGCGGCCCCUGUCAAGACAAAUGCGAAACUCGUGCCCUUCGUAUCGCCGUCAACCAAGUCCUCCACACCGCACGAGUAGUAAACCAAUUCUUCCACCCGGAGAGCAUCGAUUCUGGAGCCAUGGGAGGGUAUCAAACACUGGACAGUGGAAAUGUCAUGACGGGAUGGGGAUACUACCCCGGCUUCGUCGAAUAUACCAGCGACGGCACCCCCGUCAUGGACUUCCAAAGAGGCAUUAUCGGUGGAGAGCCUCUACCAGACAUGUUUGCCUACAGAGUCAACAAAGGAGACUGGAAGGGAAGCCCUUCAUGGCCGCCCAGCGUUGCCGCUGACGCGCCAAACAACAGCACCCUCAAUGCCACCGUCUACGUCUCAUGGAACGGCGCAACAGAAGUCGCCUCGUGGGCCAUAUUUGCUUCCAACAACCACAGCACCAUCAACAGCUACACUAACCUCAUUGCCGAAUUCCCUCGUCAUGGCUUUGAAACUGCCAUCCCUCUCACAAGCACAAACGUCACUCGUCGAUACGUCGGUGCAGCCGCUGUGUCGUCUUCUGGCGAUGUCCUCGGUUCAACCAUCGUUAUCGACCUCCAGAACGAGGGCAAACCCGCCACCGUAACAAGCGGCAUAGUCACCCUAAAGCCUCCGUCUCCAUCAACAUCGAGGGAUCAAGGCACAAGCACCAGCACAUUUGGGGUCAUGGGCGGGUCGAUCUUUGGUGUUGCGGGCAUCUUUUACGCAGGAACAUAUUACUGGCGAAGGAGAGCGAGAGCAGGGCGAGGUCAUCGAGAAGAGGGAUAUAGAAUGGUGAACAUGAGAGAUUGA